UUGUACUAGGAUCCUUCUUUCCAUGAAAUUCUUGAUUUUCUUUUUAAAUAUAUAUAUAUAUUAUUUGGAAUAAAUAAGAAGAAAACUUAGGAGGUAAAAGGCUCGUCUUGUUACAUUACAAAAGAGAGAGAGAGAGGCUGAAAUGGGUUGCCUCAGAUCCAUGGAACCCAUGAUGAUUUGUUUGUUUCGUCAGAAAGCUGCUACCUUUUUUAGGUAGGGUUUGGUUCACUUUGAAGUUGAUUUCCCGUUUUCCUAACUAGGUUCUUUCUCAUGACUUCUACCCCUUGUUGAUUGAUAUGGAUAAGGAUUUCAAAAAUAUUUCUUUUUUUGUCUGUUUCCUAAGCGGUUCAUGUAUUUAUUUUAAGGUUGGUAAUGGAAAAGUUGAAUCAUAUAUACGAGCGAGCCUCGUCCGAUUUUGGGUUGUUUUUGCUUGCUAUGAUGGUCGUGGUGGUGUUGGUAUUGUGAGAACAAGCAACGCUGCUGCUAUUGAAAGCUUAUUAUCUGUCUGAGUGAUUUGUCUUAUGUGCAUAAGGUGGUUGUUUUGAUGGAUGAGAUGUCUCCGCCAGCGGCUGUUGCCGUCACACUAACCAUAAGUCCUUCUACAUGUGAGGGCGCAACUAAUGUGGAAAUUACCAGCUUGAAAUUGGUCCAAGAAACUGCCAGUUUAUUUUCAAAUUCUGGAUUAGCAUUUGCAAAUGAGGGAGUUGGGAUUGCCUUAAUUGAAGAAGAAGAAGAAGGAGGAGAAGAGAUGUCUUCUGAAUCUGGGCUAGUUGUUGUUAAUGAAGAAUUAAGCUUGCCGAUUGCUGUUGAGGUCGAAGCCAUUGAUGACGGUGGUCAGAUUGUUGUUGGUAAGGUUAUUGCUUUAAGGGAACGAAGUAUCGAAGAGAAGCCUAUGAUUGAUGUUGUUACAGUUGUAGCUAGUAGCUCUUCUAGUCUACAUCAUCAUCAUCACCACCUCCUCGAGGGUUCUAAUGGUUUAAAUACAUCUGAUGUGGUUCUUCAGCUUCCUAGGGGCACCAGUAUUGGCAAAGGAGGAGGAGGAGGAGGCUGCAUUAAGAGUGUUUAUGAACUGGAUUGGAUUCCUCUAUGGGGUUCCAUGUCUAUCUGCGGGAAAAGCUCAGAGAUGGAGGAUGCUGUUGCAGCCGUCCCUCGCUUUAUGAGGAUUCCUAUCAGAAUGUUUGUUGGAGAUGAUGUGAUUAAUAGACUCAACUUAUGUUUGACUCAUUUAACUACACAUUUCUUUGGAGUUUAUGAUGGCCAUGGCGGAUCCCAGGUGGCAAAUUAUUGUCGGGAUCGAGUUCACUUGGCUUUAGGAGAGGAGAUGAUGAAGGAGGAGGAGGAGGGGGGUGUAGGAUCGGGUGAAGAAAGUGAAAGUGGCGGUGGUGGUUGCGUACUACAAGUGAAGUGGCAGAAAGCCUUCAGUCGUUGCUUUGAGAAAGUUGACGAUGAAGUUGGAGGGGGAAAGGAAGAGGCGGCUAGUUGCUGCGAGCCUGUGGCCCCUGAAACCGUUGGAUCAACUGCUGUGGUUGCAUUGAUCUGUCCCUCACACGUAGUAGUUGCAAACUGUGGGGAUUCAAGGGCCGUCCUUUAUCGUGGGAAAGAGGCCAUAGCAUUGUCCGUGGACCACAAACCAAAUCGGGAGGAUGAGUAUGCAAGAAUAGAAGCGUCUGGAGGAAAGGUGAUACAGUGGAACGGCCAUCGCGUUUUUGGUGUCCUUGCGAUGUCGAGGUCCAUUGGUGACAGAUAUUUGAAACCAUGGAUCAUCCCGGAGCCAGAAGUGGUGUUUGUUCCGCGGGCGCGGGAAGACGAGUGUCUGAUCCUAGCGAGUGACGGGUUGUGGGACGUGAUGUCAAAUGAAGAAGCCUGUGAAGUGGCGAGAAGAAGAAUCCUUGUAUGGCACAAGAAGAAUGGAGGAGGAGGAGGAAGCGUGGCUGCUGCUUCAUUCAACAACAACAACAACAACAAGGAGCAGCGCGGGCAAGGGGUGGAUCUUGCAGCACAAGCAGCAGCCGAGUACCUGACCAUGCUUGCCAUCCAAAAGGGUAGCAAAGACAACAUCUCUGUCAUUGUGCUCGAUCUAAAACCACACAGGAAGUUCAAGACCAAGUCUUCACUACCCACCACUCCCACCCUUUAAUAAUAAUAAGUUCUUGCUUUCUUUUAAUUUUCCAUGGAGAAUAUAUAUAUAGUAAUAUUAUUACACAUAGUUUGGUCCAUUAAUUUUCAACAUGGCCCUAAUGUUGUGUGAUGACAAAAUUAAGAUCUCUGUAGUAAGUAGUAGUAAGUAAGUGUAUGUAUAUUAUUACAUCUUGGAUCAUCAACUCUUUUACUACACAUUAAUAUCUUCAAUGUUAUUAUCAGUAGUCAAGUCUGUCCUAUU